UGCGAGGGGGCCUCCCCCCUCCUCCAUCUGCUGGGAUAUUUUUUUUUAAGUCCACAAAUGACAAUGGCAAUAAGGGCAAGGGAAAUCCAGGGAGACUGAAUGGGACUGAAAGGCUGCCCCCCCCAGCCAUGUGCACUGGAGGUGUCGGGCUUAGAAAAUAACAGGCGCUGCCGGAGACGCUGGGAUGUCCUGCCUCGUGCAAUACUAGACACUGAUCGCCGGCCUCCACCAGACCCGUCCGCCUCCCGGAUCCGGCACUGCCUUUUUUUUUUUUUUUUUUUUGGGGGUGGGGGGAGAGGAGAGAGAGAGAAAAUGAAGGAGGACGCGGCUGCAGGGUUGCAUUGAUCGCUGCCCCCCUCGCCCAUCCCCCCAGCACAAAACCCAGCCGGGCUCCGCUUGCACCGGGACCUCCUCGCCUCGCCUCGCCUCGCCUGGCAGCGCCGCGGCGGAUGCAUUUUUCAUGAGCCCGAGGUGAACAGGUGCAGGCGGCGGGGCCGGGAGCGGCAGGAUGGAGAGCGGCGAGCGGGACAUGUACCGCCACUUCCAAGACUGGUGCUUGCGGACCUACGGGGACUCGGGCAAGACCAAAACGGUGACCCGCAAGAAAUACGAGCGCAUCGUGCAGCUCCUCAAUGGCUCCGAGUCCAGCUCCACGGAUAACGCCAAAUUCAAGUUCUGGGUCAAAUCGAAAGGCUUUCAGCUCGGCGGCCCGGACGACGGCGGCGCCAAGCAAGUGCUGUACGUGCCGGUCAAGACCACGGAUGGAGUAGGUGUAGAUGAGAAGCUAUCUUUACGGCGGGUAGCCGUGGUUGAAGAUUUCUUUGACAUUAUCUAUUCCAUGCAUGUGGAAACAGGGCCCAAUGGAGAACAAAUCAGAAAGCAUGCUGGACAAAAGCGAACUUAUAAAGCAAUUUCAGAGACCUAUGCCUUCCUACCGAGAGAAGCGGUGACACGAUUUCUAAUGAGCUGCUCAGAGUGCCAGAAAAGAAUGCAUUUAAACCCAGAUGGAGUGGAUCAUAAAGAUAAUGGAAAACCUCCGACUUUGGUGACUAGUAUGAUUGAUUACAACAUGCCAAUUACUAUGGCCUACAUGAAGCACAUGAAAUUGCAGCUACUGAACUCACAACAAGAUGAGGAUGAAAGUUCCAUAGAAAGUGAUGAAUUUGAUAUGAGUGACUCAACCAGGAUGUCAGCUGUGAACUCAGACCUUAGUUCUAAUCUUGAAGAGAGAAUGCAAAGUCCUCAGAAUCUUCAGGGCCAGCAGGAUGAUGAUUCAGCUGCAGAGAGUUUUAAUGGCAAUGAGACCGUGGGACACAGUUCCAAUGCUUCAGAAGGAAUACACUGCAGGGAGAUGGCAGAAACCAACAGUAAUGGCAAAACAAAUCUGGAGCAGGAUGAGCAGCCUCUGAACCUGAGUGAUAGUCCCCUCUCUGCUCAGCUGACUUCAGAAUACAGACUAGAUGAUCACAACAGUAAUGGAAAGAACAAAUACAAGAACCUCCUAAUUUCUGACCUCAAGAUGGAACAAGAGGCAAGAGAAAAUGGAAGCAAGUCCCCAGCACAUAGUUACUCCAGUUAUGACUCUGGCAAGAAUGAAAGUGUAGACAGAGGUGCUGAAGAUCUGUCUCUGAACCGAGGAGAUGAGGAUGAGGAUGACCAUGAUGAACAGGAAGAUGCUGAGAAGGUUAAUGAAUCUGAUGGGGUAGAAGCUGAGCGACUGAAAGCUUUUAAUAUGUUUGUCAGGCUGUUUGUAGAUGAAAACUUGGACCGAAUGGUCCCAAUCUCUAAGCAGCCCAAAGAAAAGAUCCAGGCUAUCAUUGACUCAUGCAGGCGACAAUUCCCUGAGUAUCAAGAGCGUGCCAGAAAACGCAUACGUACUUACCUCAAGUCCUGCAGGCGGAUGAAAAGAAGUGGUUUUGAGAUGUCGCGACCUAUUCCCUCACACCUCACUUCAGCAGUAGCAGAGAGUAUCCUGGCUUCAGCCUGUGAGAGUGAAAGCAGAAAUGCUGCAAAAAGGAUGCGACUGGAUAGACAGCAGGAUGAGACUGCUCCAGCUGACAAACAAUAUAAACAAGAGCCAGCCCAGGUCACUUACUCAACAUCGGCUGUUUCCAGCACACAGGAGGUGUUGUACAUCAAUGGAAAUGGGACCUACAGUUACCAUAGUUACAGAGGGUUAGGAAGUGGGCUGCUAAAUCUCAAUGAUGCUUCUAACAGUGGUCCAACAGAUCUCAGUAUGAAGAGGCAGUUGGCAACCAGCUCUGGAUCCUCCAGUAGUACAAGCUCGAGACCCCAGCUGAGUCCAACUGAAAUAAAUGCAGUGCGGCAACUUGUGGCAGGGUAUCGAGAAUCAGCAGCAUUUUUAUUGCGUUCUGCAGAUGAACUGGAAAACCUUAUUUUGCAGCAGAACUGAGUCAUGUGACAUUCACACUGGUCUGGUCUUAGCUUGGAGUUUCCACUAAUGACAUUUUGAUUUCCCAGAGCAGACACUUCACUUACUGCACAGUCUUUUAGGAGAGUUAAUUACCAUAAUGCCACACUGUUCUUGAUCCAUAAAGUGAUGUGUUAAGGUUCUUCAAGUGAACUUCGACCUCUGAUAUUUAUGAGGUACUUUAAUGUGUCCAGCAUACUGCUUUUUGUUUUAGUGUGUCAGCAUAAAUAUUGAAAAAGUGGCUAUAGAUUGUUAACUCAUUCUAACAAGUGGAGGAAACAGAAGAUGCUGUGAUGGCAAAUAUUGGUUCAAGAUCCACGUGCAAUAUUAGUGGAAUGUGCUACUGACUCAUUGGACUUAAAGCUGCAGUAUAUGGCAAAACAUUGCCAAAUGUCCUGUUACUAUAGGACAGAAUCGCAAUUAAAAGGAUCUUGUAUUUUAAAAAAAAUGUAAUUUUUAUAAAAAACAAAACAAAAACUUUUGUUUUCAUUCAGAAUUUUUCAUUUUUACUUUGGUAAACUUUUUCACUGGUCCUACAAAUGUUUUGAGGAGCUAUUGUAAGUCCCCCUUUUCCUCUCUGGAACCCCUGACUGUGCCCUUGUCUCCACCUUCAUAUUCUUUCUACAAGAAGUAACUCAAUGCUGGAUAACCCUUCCCCUGUGUACUGUAAAUUCUCAUCUUUGGAAUGCCUUCCAAAAGAAGCAUGCAUUUCAUGCAUUCAUACCAUUCUCAACUCCAUCCUGUAAUAUAUUGCAGCUUUAUUAGGAAAUUAAUAAAGGGUUAAGGGUUUUUUUUAAAGACAUAUCACUGAAAAAAAAAUGAUUUCUUACAGCUAGCUCAUUUAACUCCACAAUUGCUGCUGCUGUCUUGUAUAAGUCCCUCUAGUAGUGAUUGGAUGCAGAUGAUUGAAUGUGAAGAGGUUGCAAGUGACAAUCUGAAAAUUUGCACUCCUGUGUGUAUUUAUUUUUUUCCUUAUUUAAAGAAAAUACAUACAGAAAAAGGCCAUUAACAAUUCUGUUAUGAUUUGUAUAAUUCCCACGCCUAACUACGGUAAAAACUGUAAAUGGAUGCAGCUGCAACUUUAAUUAAACUCUUUCCCCCUUCUCCACUCCCCCAU